GUCAAGCGCUGCCCGGCCUCGCUGGAAAUAGCCCGCGGCCGCCCGCUGUCGCCGACAGCCAGACCGGCAAUCACACUCACGAAACAACGUCUUAUCACUGAAAAUGGCUGAACGAUUACACCUCGCGAUCUAUCUAAACGUGUUUACGAAGCACAAAAGCGUAUUCGAUGUAGUGUAGAUCGGUGCUCAAAAUGUCCUCCACCUCCUCGACUGCGGGCAGAAAGUUAGUACUAAGCACGCUUCUGGAGACAGACCACUACGAGAGCCUGAUCAAGGAGCUGACGUGCACGAAAUGUAACAAGUACAUGAAGCCGCCGGUCCACCUGUGCGUGGACGGCCACAGCAUCUGCGGCCCGUGCUUCGAGAAGAGCUACCAGUGCCAUGUGUGCCAGAAAGAGUUCUCUCUGAUCCGGCCGAUGCAGCUAGAGUCCCUGGCCAACAAGAUCCUGUUCCCCUGCACGAAUGGCGGGUGCCCGAAGCACGCGACUUUGUCAGUGCUGGAGCGGCACAUGCCGAGCUGCCAGUACCGCAUCAUCAACUGCUUCAUGGCUAGAGUCUAUGGUGAAUGCAAAUGGGAGGGCCGCGCUGGUGACUGGAUGGACCACUGCUUCGUGGACCACAAGCAGCGAGUCACCGAGCUUCCCUUCAUCACGGUGAAGGACCGCUGGGACGCCAAGCGCAUGGAGCCCGUCCUUAACUACUUCCUGAUGAGGUGCUACGAGAAGGUCUUCAAUGUAUACCAGAUUUAUGACAAGAGAGGAGGCAGAAUGAUGUGGACGGUCCUCGUAAACGACGACAACGCUGAGAAGUUUUAUUACGAAGUGGAUAUUUUCCUCCCCAACGUACCGGCCAAGCGGAUUGUUUACAGACGUCCGUGCAAGUGCGAGAAGGACGCUGACUUCCUGGAGCACACGCAAAAUGUCUACAUUCCCGUUGAGAAUGUCUUCUCCAUGCUAGACGAAGACGAAUCGACCAAUUUUACUAUAAGAAUCGGUGAAGUAGAGAACUUACCUCUGCUGGAGACGCCGACAGAGAGUGAGAGUAUUAUUCUUCUUCACCAGGAAGAGAAUACCCAUGAGGAGAAAGAAGAGAAUGAAACACUAGAGUAAUCACAAGUCUUCUUUAACACAGUAUUUCAAUUAGUUGUUAUAUUUAUGUGUAACUUGUUAAAUAAAUAAAAAUUGUUAUU